AUGAGAUUGAAGUAGGCUAGGAGAAAGAUAUCUCAGUUUGAUCAUGGAUGGCCACAUUCAAAGAAAGACUCGGGACAUGCUGUGCUUUUGCCUCCUUCUUUUGUUAGGAGAAAUAUAUGGUAAGGACAUGAUUUUAUUCAUAGAUUAAAUAUGGAACACUAUUUUGAUUGUUCUCAGUAAAUCUUUAAUAUUCUGGUAAUCAGUAGACCAAAGCCCAGUCUUUCAGGGUCUCUCUUUGAUUUUCUUCUAUGAAAGGGAAUGUACUAAAUAUCUUUUUAACAGUUAAGGCUUACGGUAAUUGAUGGGGUUCACUCUCUCUUCCCUAACUGUGACCCCUCCCUAAAUUGGGAGGCUGUUUUCAAGUCUAAUUGCUUUCGGUGGGACAGGCAAGGAAGUGAAGCCACAGACGGAAUGGCUAGGUCUUGCAGACCACUUCUUGAAUUAAGCUAUAACUAAUCAGCGUAAAAAAUAUUUUUACUUCAUAUUCUUGCUUAAGGACAUAAGACAGUGCCUUUUUGAAUCAGGUCAAGGCCCACCACAGCCAGUGUUCUCUGAAAGUACAUCAGCAGGUGCUAGGUGAUUCACCAUAAAUUUGUCGGUGGCGCACUAAGGACCGCAAUCCAGCUUCUGCCCAUCCUGAACUAGACAGUGACUUCCUAGUGGUUUUGCUAUGGACUUAUAGUGCACAAUUGCAAACAUGGGAAGUAAAGACGGAUGCAUUGCUUACUGGAAAUGACCUUGUUAUAGGAUGUGGGGUGUGAGAUCAAUGCAGCUCAGUGUUGACUGUAGACUAGAGGGAAAUGAAUGUGAUAAGUACUCCAUACCUCCCUCUCUCUCUCUCUCUCUCUCUCUCUCUCUCUCUCUUUCUCUCUCUCUCUCUGGUGUGUGUAUGUGUGUGUGUUUUGUUGUUGUUGUUGUUGUUGUUUAGUCGUUUAGUCGUGUCCGACUCUUUGUGACCCCAUGGACCAGAGCACGCCAGGCACUUCUGUCCUCCACUGCCUCCCUCAGUUUGGCCAAACUCAUGCUGGUAGCUUCAAGAACACCAUCCAACCAUCUCAUUCUCUGUCGUCCCCUUCUCCUUGUGCUCUCCAUCUUUCCCAACAUCAGGGUCUUUUCCAGGGAGUCUUCUCUUCUCAUGAGGUGGCCAAAGUAUUGGAGCCUCAGCUUCAGGAUCUGUCCUUCCAGUGAGCACUCAGGGCUGAUUUCCUUCAGAAAGGAUAGGUUUGAUCUUCUUGCAGUCCAUGGGACUCUCAAGAGUCUCCUCCAGCACCAUAAUGCAAAAGCAUCAAUUCUUCGGCGAUCAGCCUUCUUUAUGGUCCAGCUCUCACUUCCAUACAUCACUACUGGGAAAACCAUGGCUUUUACUAUACGGACCUUUGUUGGCAAGGUGAUGUCUCUGCUUUUUAAGAUGUUGUCUAGGUUUGCCAUCGCCUUUCUCCCAAGGAGCAGGCGUCUUUUAAUUUCGUGACUGCUGUCACCAUCUGCAGUGAUCACCAUCUGCAGUGUGUGUUUUAAAUGUUAGUAAAUGACUUGCUUUUACAUGGGGAUUGAUUGCAUGAUUUCCCCUCUAUUUGCUGUUGUUAUUGAUUUUAUUGUUGCUAUAAUUAUAUUAGCUGUUUGAUAUAGAUUAUUUAGAAAGGCCAUUUGACUAGAUGCAGCAUUUAGGUUACACACAACAACAUUUUAUUCUAGAAUCAAUCGAGACUGAGUAUUUUUACUGCCCUAUGUAGUACACAUAUAAUUUAGAUCUGUUGCAUAUUUUUUGCCCCUGAAAAGCACUUAUUGAUAAACUGGUUUCACUGAUUCCAAAAAAUAAAAGCUCAUUGUCGAUUGAUUCUGUAUUACCCAACAAUGUGUGCAUUUGAAAAUAGAUGUAGGCAGUCCCAGCAGUGUGUGUGUGUGUGUGUGUGUGUGUGUCCACAUCUGCACAGUGAUAUUGUAGGUGGGCAUAUACCAAGAUCGCAAGCACCACUUCACUCACCUGGGACAUCUCCAGGGAGGAAAAUAUGUGGGUAACCUAAUUAAGGGAAUGGUUUUCAAAGGCACAUCAAAUAACCAUGUCCACUUUUGUGGACAGCAGGAUCUAGAAUCUAUAUGGAUUGAAAGCAGCAUAUUGAACAUAAGCAUGAAUGAUUCUGCAUUGAGAAAAACUACAUUUUUUGUGCUAUGAAUGGGUUAAUGUUUUUGCAGCCAUAAAGCUUAAGGUAGACAGAUGGAUAUAGUUAGAAAGCAAAGUGGUUUCUAUUUCAUGGGAAGAUACUGUUAAGACAAAGUGUACGUUGUUGACCAAUCUGCACUUAAAAAUAAUAUUUCUGAACAAUAUAUGCUUUGAUUCUCUGUAAUCUGCAGGGGGAAGAACACUGAGUUUUUCUGGCUUACCUGAUACAGCCAAUGUAACAGAAAAUUCUCCAGCUGGUACUGUGGUGUAUACUUUCAGUGUUGAUUUAACCCCAAAUGUUUCCUUGGCAAGCGGAUAUCCUAAAAUAAUAAACUCAAACCCACUCACACAAGCUUUUGAUAUCAACUCUAGAUCUACAAUUAUGUACCAGGUAAAUGUUUGCUUAGUCUCAAAAUCUUGCCCGUCAGAUUCUAGUGGUGGAGGAUACUGUUAUAACAUCAAUACAGUGGUACCUCGCAAGACGAAUGCCUCGCAAGACGAAAAACUCGCAAGACGAAAGAGUUUUUCGUUUUUUUAGUUGCUUCGCAAGACGAAUUUCCCUAUGGGCUUGCUUCGCAAGACGAAAACGUCUUGCAAGUUUGUUUCCUUUUGGAUUUUCAAUGCAUUCCUAUGGGAAACUGUGCUUCGCAAGACGAAAAAUUCGCAAGACGAAAAAACUCGCAGAACGAAUUAAUUUCGUCUUGCGAGGCACCACUGUAACUUUUUUUACCUUUAAUAAUAGAAUGUUGAAUCAAAUAUCUCAGUGAAACCAGUGCAAAGUAGAGUGUUGUUUAAAUAUAUUUCCCUAUAAACAUAAAAAUGUAAGGCUGUCAUCCCACAGCCCUCAUUAGAGGAUUUGUAAUGCCACAUCACCAUCCUGAUUUUGCAUGAAGUCGGUGUGGAGGAUGUUAUGUACUGAAGUUCUCACCCUGGGCCAGCAGGGGGAUACUGUAGAUAGUUAUGCAAAUAAGGGAUCGAAAGUGACGUUCAGUGAUUGGAUAAUUUUAGAAAAUUGUUACAGUUACGUUGUACUGGAGCGCUAUAUAAGCAGGCUGACUGAACCCUUCAGUUCAGUUCUGUUCUGGCCUGUGAAUAAACAAGAGCUGUUUGAAGAAUCGCUGUGUCGUCUGAUAUGUUCACCCACAACUUAACUGAGGAGGAGAGAAAAAGAGAAGGCAGGUUGCACAACACCAGUGGCCCUGGCAGAGGUGGGUUUAGGGCAGUGAAGCCAGUUCCCCCACAAGGGGCACCUUCCCCCCUCCUUCUCAAAGCCUAGUAAGCACUGGGUUUUGGGUAGAACGUGUGAGGGCUCUGACAGGGUUCUAGGGUCUUCCUGCCUCCUUCCCAAAGCUUGACACCUCCCUUACCCAGCUUUGGGAAAGGCAUCUCGAGGGCUGUGGCAGUGGGGCGUCAAUUUUUGGCCUCACGUAGGGCGCCAUGUUACCAAGGUCUGCUGCUGAUGGGAGCAAGAAGGUAGACACACUGACAGGGUGGAAUUGGUGAUUUAAAACAAUGGCAUAAGUUUGUAGAGCAGGGAUGACGGGAACAGAGGGGGAAAUGGUGGUUUUAAAGGGUGGCAGAAAUUUUAGUAAACCAAGUACCGUAUUUUUCGCCCUAUAGGGCGCACCGGCCCAUAGGACGCACUUAUUUGGGGGGAGGGAAUAAAGGAAAAAAAAAUUUUCCCCCCCAGCCCCAAAGAACGGGUCCAAGAGCGAUGGCGACGUUGCGCACAGCUUCGCCAUUGCUCCCGGAGCUUGCCGGGCUGGGGGGAUAGCUUCCGACCCCUCUCGCUCUCCAGGCUUCAGCGAAAGCCUGCAUUCGCCCCAUAGGACGCACACACAUUUCCCCUUCAUUUUUGGAGGGGAAAAAGUUCGUCCUAUAGGGGGAAAAAUACGGUACUUAUUCCAUAUAAGAAAACCCUCAUGAAACUGGAAACAUCAUGGAGUUUGAUAAAAGGAAACAUUAUUUUUAUAUGCUCUAAUUUUGUACUAUAAGGGAGAUUAAAACACAUAACUGUAGAUCUGGGCCAAGUUAGAUGCAAUCAGUGCCCAAUGAAAUAAGUGUAAAAAGUUAGUAAUGACUUGACCUGAGGCCCAGUGUGGUCUAGCGGUUAGACAGUGUCAACCAUUCAGUUGUGAAGCUCACUAGUCACCACCUCUCAGCCUAAGCUAUCCCACAUAGAUGAAGUGAGGAAGGACUAUAUAAGUUAUCUUGAGCUUUUUGGAGGAAAGAAAGGAUAUAAAUGUAUCAAAUAAUCUUCUUCUUUGGCGAUCACUCAUAGCCGAGUAAGAUUGUCUUCCAUAAACAUGGUUUUAACAGUGGAGGCCAAUUCUGGAUCCACACGUCCUUCCACAAUAGGGACAUAGGUUUCUGCGUGGGAGCUUAUCAUGGUGAGGGUUUGCCAAACAUGCCUUCCUCUUAUCAUGUUUCUCACUUUUGCCCUGAGUUUGAGUGUCUUCAAAGCCCAUGACACCUUUGGUAAAGGCUGUUCUCCAACUGGAGCGCUCGCAGGCCAGUGUUUCCCAGUUGUCGGUGUUUAUACUACAUUUUUUAAGAUUUGCCUUGAGAGAGUCUUUAAACCUCUUUUGUUGACCACCAGCAUUACACUUUCCAUUUUUAUAUCAAAUAAUAAUUAACAUGAGCACCAUCGAUUUCAUUAGGAGCUAAUUGCAACUCACUUAUUCUGGGUCUAACCCAAUGUUUGCUAAUAAUUACUCAUUUUUAUUUUAGGUUGUUACCACUGGAAACCCUGUUCCAGAUUAUGAAGCUAUGCCACAUCGAUUUGAAUUACAGAUCCUUGCUUAUGACGAAGCUGGGGCAAAUGACCUACAAAUACUGACAAUCCAAGUGCUGGAUAUACCUGAACCUCCAAUGUUUCUAGGCAAUCUGAAAUAUCAAAGUAAGUCAUUUGCUUGAAAUAAAAAGAGUGUUUACUACACUACUGAUAGCUCACGUCCACUGGAAGAAGACUUCACCUACACCUGAAGCACGUUACUAUUAGACUUGUAAUAGUAAAAAUCUCCCCUGCCUUCACCCCCAUAAUGUUUCCACUGAUCUGGUGGCCCCCCUCUUCAUUCUGUUGAAUGGGGCCUUGGACAUCUGCCCCAAAGUCCCAGUCUGAAGGCACCACUAGGUUUGCAUCUGCCUUGUGAUUGGAAGGGAGCACACCUGCAGGCAGUGAUUCAUGGGCAUUGCUGACUCAAGGCAUUUUGCUGCCUGAGACGACGGACGCCACCUUGAGUUCCUUGGAGGAAAGGUGAUAUAUAAAUGAAAUAAUGAACAAUAAUGAUUUUAAAACACCAUCUCUCCAUUCUAUGUGCAGAAGCUGAUUGGAUUGGCAAUUGAAUGCUAUUUCAAUGCUGAUAGUAACAGGAUAGCACACCUGAUGGCAGCAGGCCAGGUUGCAGAGGGUUGGGGGGAGGGUCUAAACAGGCCAUGCAUCUCACACAACUCUAUCCUCCUAAAGAGGGGGGUGGUCAGAGGCUCAGGGGGAACAGCCUGUGGGUUCACAGUGCUGGCCCCCCAGCAUCUCCUGCUGGAUGUGGUCUGGGCCAGCUCACACAUGGAGUGGCCUAAAGUAGCCACCUUGAUUGGCAGAAUCCUAUGGGGCGCCCGCCAGUGACUUCUUCCAGUGAGAUCUCACAAGUUCUCAUGAGAACUCACCAGAAGCCACCUGCAAAAUGCUGCAAAAUAAUUGCCAAACCUUGGCACUGGUUUGGAGUGAAUUAGACAAUGUUGGGCUCUUGGGUGAUACCCCCUGUUUUGAAUAUGAUUUCAUAGAAUGAUAGAGUUGGAAGAGACCACAAGGGCCAUCGAGUCCAACCCCCUGCCAAGCAGGAAACACCAUCAGAGCACUCCUGACAUAUGGUUGUCAAGCCUCUGCUUAAAGACCUCCAAAGAAGGAGACUCCACCACACUCCUUGGCAGCAAAUUCCACUGUCGAACAGCUCUUACUGUCAGGAAGUUCUUCCUAAUGCUUAGGUGGAAUCUUCUUUCUUGUAGUUUGGAUCCAUUGCUCCGUGUCCGCUUCUCUGGAGCAGCAGAAAACAACCUUUCUCCCUCCUCUAUGUGACAUCCUUUUAUAUAUUUGAACAUGGCUAUCAUAUCACCCCUUAACCUCCUCUUCUCCAGGCUAAACAUGCCCAGCUCCCUUACUUUACUUUGGUUUUUUUGGGAGGUGCUUCAAAAUGUGGGAUUUUCACUGCAAAACUUUGGCACAGGUUUUUUGAGGGGUCCCAAAUGUUAGGGUUUGUGGUUAAUGAAGGGCAGCACCUUCCUGUUUUGCCUCAGGCAGUGAAACAGUAAGGGCCACUGCUGGAGGUGGUCAUUUCAUUCUGCCUAAUGGUAGUGCUGGUCCUGUUCAUGGAAAUACACACUGGGCAAUUCUCUCUGAAGGCAAGCAAGGCAUCUCCACAUUGGAAGUUUUUCACCCGCUUUCACACAGUCCAAAACCAUGUGGUUUGAACAUCUGGUGUUCAUGCCAACUGUACCCACUCCCAGCUUCCACAGAUUAGCUCCGUAUGUACGGAACCUGUGUACAGGGGCAUCGCGGGGGGGGGGUGCAGUCCGCUCCAGGUGUCAUGCCUGGGGGGGUGACUAAAUCCUCCCGGGCGGAUCAGUGUGGCUGCACUCGCACCCCCGGCAAGCAGAUUUUCACGAUCGUUGUCGUGAAAAUCUGCCCACUGAUCAUGCAAAUACACCCAGCGGGUGGUGCUGGCCACCGAGGAUGCACCCCCAGUGGGCAGUGCUCACAUCCCCAGCAGCCAGUGCCGCACACAGGGUGUAUUCACAUGAUCGACGGGCUGCACUGGCACCCCCAGGAGGAUCGGUGUGCCCCCAUGGGCGGAUCGCCCCACCCCCGGGUGCACAUCAUGUUUGCCACUCCAGGUGCCCAAGCGGCUUCCUCCACCACUGCCUGUGUACAUUUGCAUGUAUGGUCUUACUCUGAAUUAAUCAUUGGGUAGAGACAGCAUACAAUAUAUGCAUACAGUACAAAUUUAAGGAAUGCUCUCUCUGUUUAAAUAUGGGAAGCCCCAUCUGGCACUCCCUUGAUGUCUGUCCUGAGUCUUCUGUUUUAAUUGCUGUGCUGUUUUAAUGGGAUUGUUUUAGUGCACAUUUUAAUUAUGGAAGUUUAUAUUUUAGUGUUUUAAGGGAAAUGUUUUAUUUUGUAUUUUAAUUAUGGAGAUUUAUAUUUUAGUGUUUGUGUAAUUGGUCUUUAUUCUUGCAAACUGCUUAGAAGCCUCUUUUUUGCAUUAAGCAGUAAAUAAAUUAAUUAAUUUGCAUUGCUAAUGACCAUGUAAAAAAUGAAAGAGAGAGCAAGUAAGAUCUCCCUCUUCCUCCUCCUCCUCCACACAUCCAGCCUACAUGGUUUUGCCCAGCAUGCAGGCAUUAAGUCAACAGUUUGAUUGGAAGUUAGGUAAGGUCUGAACAGUGAAUCAAGCAGAUGCUUCAGACCACAUCCUUUCGGUGAGCACUUCAGGCACACAAGAGUAGUCUAUUGGUGAAUUGCUCAGUUGGGUAGAGCAUGGAGCUGAUAAUGCCAAGGCUGCAGGUUCGAUCCCCGCUGCAUAUUCCUGCAUUGCAGGGAGUCAGACUAGAUGAUCCUCGAGGGUCCCUUCCAACUCUACAAACCUAGACUCUAGGACCUAUGCUUUAAAUUAAUUGGGGUUUUUAAAGUUAUGUUCUUGUUGGAACCUCCCUCCAGUUCUGCUGAUGCUUACUAGAGACUGGGGGCAUUUAUGUAACAUUUGAACACUGGAAAAUAUCAGAACGAGCACAUAGUACAACAGUUUCUUUUACACUUACAUGCAUCUGUUUUCUCUCUCAGCUGGAGGUGCAAUAAACCAAUGCUUACUUCUGAGUAAACAUGCAUAGGCUUCAGGGCCAGCAUAAAAGCACAUUGGUGGACCCUCAAGCAUGGCACUGCUGAUUGGUCCCGGGCCAGAGCCAACCUGACCUGCAUUGCUGCCACCCACCGUUGUGCCACUGCCAUUGUACUGUGCUGCUACCUCCACAAAUCACCCCCCUACAUUUCUCAGUAGGCAUUGGGCGGCGGCAGCUCAUGAAGAUGGGAGCCAGUCUGACACUUGGCAUCACCUGCCAUCUUACUCAUCAGGCAGUGCAUUUUGAGCAAUCUAUGUAGAGCAUUGUAUUUUAGGCUAUCUAAGGUUGCAGCUGGUCACCAUAGAUCAGAGAGGUGUGUUGAAUCAGAGUGCUGCUACCAGCCAGGGAUAUGUCCAAGGAAGAUGGGUGACUACUGGUCCCAGUAUGCAGCAGCACCAAGUUGGAGGUCCCAGUGUGGCGGUCGGCGGCUGCAAUACUGCACAGGAGCCCUGGUCCGGGUGGAAAGGGUAGUGAUGAUGGGCCCUUCUAAGCCCCAGGUGCCCAACCACGAUGGCCCUUGAAAUCUGGGCCCUGAUAGGAUGGUUCUGUUAGUGAUCCUUCACAUGAAAGAACUCUGCAAGGAGGGUGCAAUUUUUGAGUAUAGCUUCACAUCCAGUGUCCUUUACACUGCAUCUUAAAGCUGCAUUUCCAUAAACGCUUAACAGACUUCUUAAACAAAGCAGCAAGCUUUGCGAGCAUUUUAAAAGCCCUUUAUUGUGUUACAUCUGAAAGAUACACAGGGUUUAUAUAGGCAUCAAGUCAUAAUGUGUUCAGGCCUACUUACCUAUAUGCUUGCAUAAUAUCUCUUUAUUAAUACCUCUUUAAUUUAAUGCACAUUAUACUUUCAUCUCCACAGCUGUUAUGAUCUACCAAUUUGAAGGAUCACCAAGUGGAAACAUAUACCAAAUUAGUGUAAGCACUCCUGUUAAGGUAAGUCAAUGUGAGUUUAAUUUUAGAAAAUAAUGUUCUAGGAAAUACAACACGGCGGAAAGUGAGGCCGCGUGGCUGGCGCAGCAGCAAGUUAAGCUGCAGUCCACGCCCCCUCCAAGCCGCCUGGUUGGGCGCUUGCCCGUGGGCGUGGUGCACCAGCCAGGUGAGUGGGUGGCAGGGGGCUAACGCCCCCUGCUUGAGGCGGAGAUCGGAUCCCUCCCACAACCCCUCCCCUCUUGAGAGUCUUUCUAGGAAACACAACAGUUAAAACUUUUCUCAACUGAAUUCGGUAAUCAGAAGUGAUCAAAAGCCACACAGCAUAUCUGAAACUUAUUGCACUGAAGCACUGAAGUCUUUGACAUUGAUUGACUGAGUUACUGUGAUGACAAGCUGGGUGGAGGAACAAUAUUAAAAGCGACAGUGUUCACAGUCCAGCUUUGGUGAAUAGGGAUAGUUUUCAGUUUGACGGGGAUGAAGAUAUCACACAGAAAACUAGACUGAGUAAAAAAAAAUGUUCAUUUUUUCAGAUGUGUCCACAUUACCUUAUAAUUUUUCCUCUUGAUAGUAGCUGGAAGAUUUCCAGGUGUUGGGACGUAACAACGUCUUCUUUUUAAAAAAGAUUGUUAAAUUCAUUUUAUAAAGUGUAUUUUAUAAUGAGAAAAAUUAUAACAACAGAUGAAAAUUAAAAGAGGAAAAGCAAACAGUAAAAUAGAUGCGUAGAACAAGUAAGGAAAAUAACUUAUGAGCUGGUGUGCUUGGGUAUAGUCUAUAGUGCAUUACUCUGAAUGGAGGGAAAAUGACCCAUAAUAACAGGCUUUUAAGGAGAUAAACUACUCUGAUACACUUAAGUCUAUCUGGUUUCCAUUUUUGUAAACACCUGCAGAAGAACCUCUAGAAGAAAUUUCAGAACUGAUUUAUGGGGCAUGCAAUGGAAGGUGAGAGUGGGAAUUUCUGUUGCACAAAUGGAAAUCCUUGCAUUGAUGAAACAAAUUGGUUGGAUCCUGCCCAUGUCUUAGUUCAGCCAAGACGUUGUCAGCGUUUUCUGACUUCCCAGAAUCCAGACAGAGAGACAUUAUUGCCCUUAAGAAUACCAUCAAGGCCUGCUUAAACUAUGAUAGGGUUGCCAUAUUUCAAACAGUGACAGAAAAGUUAUUAAGCUUUUUUGGCAAAGUUGUUGAGCUAUUUUUAUGAAAAAUUGGCAAAAACAGCACAGCCGACAUGGGCUGCCAUACAUCUGGAUUUUCCCCAGACAUUUUUCCGAUUUCUGCCCAGACACUGGAUUCCGGAUACGUUGGGGAAAUCCCGGUCGUAUGGCAACCCUAAACUAUUAGUCAGUUUGUUUCCACUCCAUACCCAAACAUUACCUAAGUAACACAACUAAGAAUGAGUUUUUGCAGGUCACACAACUAUAUAUUAGGACCACAUGCUUCUUUGCUUACCUUUUUACAAAGGAUGAUGUGUUUUGGUGCUCCUUGGAAUUCUUAGCGCAUUAGCUUCUUUCCCUACCCAUCUCAUGAGGGUUUGAUGUUAUUGUUUCUGUCUUGGAAGAAGGAGUUAUCCCACGUGGGAUUGUGUGAAGUUGAUAUUGGUUGUGGGUUUUUUUACUAUACAGUUCUGAGUAUUUAUUUUAAUAAUUUAUAUAUUGCUUAAUACAGCAGUUUUUAUGUGAUGUACAGUAUGUGUGAAGAUAAGAUGUUGCGCAUGUGAAAAAUCAUCAGGGUUAAAAUAGAAUGAAGGUGAUGACAUAACGCAGUAGGACAAAGGCAGAGAUUGGGUAUAACCUGGGGAGACUGUCCAGGCUAAUCGCAUAAAACGGGGGGCAACCUUUGCGUGGACGCGCGCAGCCCCUGGAUCUGGAGCGGCUCCAUCAGCAUACGCUUGGCUUUGCCUUCCCUCAGGUGGGAUACCUGGAGGUCUCCGCCUACCCCAGUCAGUUGUCCAAUCCCACCUGGGGGAAGCGUUGCCAAGGAGAUCAGGCCAGGUGGGGGAGGGAUUACCUGCCCACACAAUAGAGGGAGGAUCUUACCUGGGAAUCCUCACUUGGCUCCAGAGCUAAUCGCUGGAGGAAUUAUGGCUCUGCAACAUUUCCUGUAAAGAAAACAGGGAGUGAGUUACCAAAUGGAGCACAAUUCACUAGCCAUUUGCAUCUCUCGGAUUCAUGCUGCACAACAAAGCAGUACUGUGAUCUCCCAAUUUGUGUCAUUUAUUUCAGUAUUCCAUGACCCCAGCAUCACCACUGUUCUCUGUUUCUGGAACUGGAACCAUUUCUUCCUUGAAGGUAUUUGAUUAUGAGAAAGAUCCACAUAGGUGAGUACGUAUUAUGUAGGUAGUCCCUAAAUGAGCACUUAACUUGGCUUUUUUAAUCGAUUAUUGCUAGCAGAGAAGAGAUCUGUCGUAUGGAACCCACAAUGUGACAUUUUGGGUGUUUUGGUUUUACAGCUAUAUGUUAAACAUUACGGCAACAGACCACCUUGGUCGGAAUACCAGUGGGACUCUGAUAGUCACUAUCAUAAACAAGAAUGAUGAACAACCUUAUUUUACCAUGUAAGUGAAAAAUUCUAGGUGUAUCAAAACAGUGUAUUUUGGCUUUAUAAGUGGAUGGCAGCUCACACAAACUACUUCACACAUAGCUGGGAUGGAUGAGUGUCCUGCCUGUGAUCACCUCAUUACCACCACCGCCACCACCACCACCACAUUCAAUCACCAUCAGAAGGAGCUCUACCUAUGUACAUCUGUACACACAUAGAACUCCUUUUGAUAUCCACUGAAAGUGUGAACGGUUGGAGUGAGGUGGUGGGUGGAUGUGACUAGACACCCUCUGCUCCUUCUGUGAAUUCUUUCAAUACGGAGGAGGCAUCUGGAACCAGUGGCGUAGCGUGGGGGGUUCAGGGGGGGCCGGGCGCAACAUCUGGGGGGGCGCGCUCGCACUCACAGCUCUCUGCCCCUACCUGGCUCACUCACUCUCUCUCACUGCAGUGCUGGCUGUGCGAAUCCGAUCCGAGCCGCUGGGUCACCGCCCACUGUGGAGGGGGUGGGUGCCAGGCGUGCGGUGCGGAGAGAGAGCGAGGGACUAUCUGGGGGAGGGACAGUGCAGCGGCCGCCCAGCGCAGCGCUGAGCGCGGGAGAGAACCACACCAGACCAGACCAGGCAGCAGCAAGAAGAAGCUGGCAGUGGCGGCAGGUUAGGGGUUAGGGGGCGCAAAUUACUUGCCUUGCCCCGGGUUAGGGGGCGCAAAUUAUUUGCCUUGCCCCGGGUUAGGGGGCGCAAAUUACUUGCCUUGCCCCGGGUGCUGAUAACCCACGCUACGCCGCUGUCUGGAACCGUCCCCUUUCAGUGUUAAUGAUCCAUGUGUUUUGGAUGGUUCCAACACAGUGAUUAACAAAUUUGAGUUUUCUGCUCAAUAUUUGGCAGGUUAUUUCAGUUCAGCAUGUCAGGGUCAAACAGAUUCAAGACUGAAUCUUCUAGAUAUUAUUAUUAUUAUUAUUAUUAUUAUUAUUAUUCAUUUGUUGUUGUUAUUGUUACUUUAAAGCAGCUGUGAGGCAUUCUUAUUUUUAUCAGAAAAGUGACACCCAGUUCUAUACAGUGGUACCUCGGGUUACAUACGCUUCAGGUUACAUACGCUUCAGGUUACAGACUCUGCUAACCCAGAAAUAUUACCUCGGGUUAAGAACUUUGCUUCAGGAUGAGAACAGAAAUCAUGCGGCAGCGGCAUGGCGGCAGCGGGAGGGCCCCAUUAGCUAAAGUGGUGUUUCAGGUUAAGAACAGUUUCAGGUUAAGAACGGACCUCCGGAACGAAUUAAGUACGUAACCAGAGGUACCACUGUAUUUCUGUUUACAUAUAUUGACAAUGAUUAGCAUGUGGGACACAUGCUAGACAGUGAUUUUCACCAAACAUUUUUUUUUGUCUGGUCACAAUGCUAGGACAUACCAUAUGGGAUAGUGCUGUGGGUGUGUCAUUUAGUGUGGCACAAAAGUUACUUUGCAGUGUAAAACCACUUAAUAAAUGCAGCUUUAUGAAGUGGGCUUCUCAUGUUAAAGUGUUCCAUGGCACCCUGGGGUGCCUUGAAUGCUGGCCGAAGGUGCCACAGGCAACACUGGCCUCUGUCCCUCUUUCCUUUGCUGCUUCCUCUGAUGCCCUCUUGCGUCUCUGCCUCCCAAAGGCUUGCACAGCCUUUUGUUGCAGCAGCCCUGGGAUCUACCUGUCUCUGGAAGGACCAAGGUCAGCUUAUUAUCAUACUUUUUGUCUAAGGCACUCAAGGAAGUGGUCAUGAAUCUUCACAACAACUCUGUGAGGUAGGUUAGGCUGAGAAAUAGUGACUGGCUCGAGGUCACCUAAUGAAGUUCACACUGGUCACACUGAAGAGACAAUAAUCUAGAGUCUAGAUAUUUUUAACCCAAGAUGCCAGUUCUCUUUUAUACAAGGAAGAGCUGCUCAAACCCGCACGUUUGUGGCUUCAUUUUCUACAACAGGAAACAAAGAGCUUUCAGUGUUCUAGAAGAAAGUCUACCAGGUACCAUGGUUGCCAAUGUAACAGCUAAGGAUCCGGAUGAUGGGGAAGGUGUUAGUAGUCUUCGCUUCAGCAUCAAUAAUCCUGAAGGGAUCCCUUCUUUCUCCAUAGAUGCAGGUCAGCAUUUCAUUUUACGGAUUCCUGAAGGAUUUGGAAUGGCAAGAAACAUUGUGGGCUACGGAAAGCAAGUUCACUGAGUAAAUGUUGACGGAACUGAGUUUGCUUGGCCCAGAGAAGAGUAGGCAAGAGGAGGGUCAUGAUAUCACCUUUCAAAUAUCUGAAGGGCUGGCACAGAAGAGGGCUAAGACAUGCUCUCUCUGCUGCAUCAAGGGUCAGGAAAAGAUCUAAUGGGCUUACAUUACAGGAGACAGUAAGGGUUUUGCUUGAACCUUGGCAGAAAUGUCUUAAUUGGAAGAGGAGUUUGGCAAUGGAACCUGUUACCUAGAGAGGUGGUGGUGGGCUGUAUCUCAUUAGAGGUCAUCAGGCAAAGGCUGGCAGCCAACAAUUGAGGAAACUCUGGUUUUGGCUUUCCUACCAUGAGUAGUAGCUUGGGCUAGGUGGCCCAUGAAACUCUCUCCAGCUCUCUAGGAUUUUGUUCUACUUGCUUCUCUACAGUUUGGAGGUAACCCAAAAAACCUGUGGUUUAUCAUUAAGGGAACAAGUCACAGUGAACUUUGGCUUCACAUGGUCAGUGCCCUGUUCCUCCUUUGCUGCAGUUAGGCUUUUAAAUAUAUAUAUAUAUAUAUAUCCCAACCUUCUAUUGGAAGCAAUAGAAAUAUUUUCCCCAAGUCAAUUUGUCAUUAAUUGGGUAUUUUUCGGUGUGGGGACGGAGAUAACCAUAGCCGUGGGGUGGAGGGAACUCUCCCUUCCCUGUGUUCGUUGACCUCCUGCACCGAAACCCUAAACGCAAUUAAUUUAAGGGGAAAAGCUGCUAUUUAGUUUCUAUUGAUCUCUCCCACCGACUGAAGCAAGUGCUGCUGAUUCUAGAAUGUCUCACAGAUCAGAAAAACUGGGAGUGCAUAACUCUAUAUUUAGAGUGAGAGAGUAGAGUGGGGGAAUUUUAUUUUGAAAGGGUGUUUGGAAACAUUUGUUUCCAAACACCCUUUCAAAAUAAAAUUCCUACGUCACAGAAGAUAUUUGUGCUGCACGCAAUUGGAAAUGCUUACAGUAUAUUUCUUUCUCAGUAACUGGUGUGCUUCUGGUGGCUAGAAGAAUAGACCGAGACUUGGACCCAUUGCGAGAACAUCCCAACAUUACAUUGAUCAUUCGCGUUGACGAUAGGCCUAGCGGUGGACAAUAUGCUGAAACAGAAAUUGUUGUAACUAUUGAAGAUAUUAACGACAAACCACCAGAAUGUGACAAAUACAAUUACAGGUAUUUGUAUUUUUGCACUUUUAUCAAAUUCCACAACAUUUGAGCAAGUUUUCAGAACAGAUUAUAUCUCCUGAAUCUUUUUUAGCACAGGGUUUGUUCUAAAAGUUAUGAAGUUGUAGUGGUAAUUGUAAUUUAUUGCUAGAAUAAAAACCAAGCCCCACCAAAACAUUAGGAUUAAAUUAUUUUCUUAAUAAAGGCCACUCUCCAGUACUAGCAACACUAUAUCCACUGAAAUAUAUAAAUUCAAUAAGUAAUAGUAGUAAUAAUAAUAAAAUGGCAAAAUAAAAUCCUUAUAAGAAAAUGUAGUAGGAUAGUUGUUAUAUAUGUAUAUAUUUAAAAAUCUUGUCCUAAGUCACUGUCAAAACUUCUUAGGAAAUUGUUAAAACUUCUUAGCAAAUUUUGCCCUCUUGAGCUCUCCUGUCUUUUUGGCUAUCUUCCUUAUGUUUUCCAGCCCCAUAAUGCUCCUUUCUAAAUGCCAGCAGCUCAUAUUUCAUCCCAGGACCUAUUUUAGAUUUUUCAUAAUCAGACCAACUUUCUGCUUUUCCCAAAGAAGCUGUGCUUUGUCAUUUUUUAAAUAGCCAAGCUCCCCCCUCCCCCACCAGAAUGUUUAUAGAUAUUCUGUGACAUCACAGCCGCUCCGCCAAAGUCUAGAGUGGACUCGCUGACAAACAACAAAGGAUAAUGGAUUUUUUUAUCCCAUGUACAAUAUUAAUUUGGCCUGGAAUAAGGAUUAUCAGAUAUUUGUGCCUUUCUUUAAAAGGAGAGAGAUAAAAGAAACAGCCCGCCCUGGAGAAAUAAUUCUUGAUUUGAAAGAUUGCUGUCGUGACUAUGAUGCUGAGUUACGAAACCAGCUGUUUAACUUCACUGGAUUGUCUGGCGUUGGAAGUAGCAAGUUCACACAGGAUCCACCUGGUUCCGGAAGGAUCAAGGUCAGCUUAUUAUUGAUUUAUUCUCAAAAUAUUUAUUUACUAAAUUAAGAAAAUUUAGAACCCCCAGAGCUUAUUGCUCUGUACAAAGAGGAAACUAAUAUUUUUUUUAAAAAAACACAAAAUGAAUGGCAACAGAUAUGUAAUGGAAGUAACAAUUGCCAGAACAGCAGAGGCAACCUUGAAUUACUAGAAAGUAAAAAUGCAUUUAGAACUACUGGUUCUCAAAGCAACCUGCAUAGAAUUAUCAACACAGCAAUUAAAAUGAAAGUAUAACUAACAUAGGCAUCACUAAAACCAAACACUGUACAGAAAAUAAAGCAACAAUACAGUUUCUAGAGUCUCUUUCUAGGUACUCAAAUGCCUUUUUUAAAACAGGAAAACCUGUAACUCAGGUGGACCCUGAUGAUUGUAGAGUUCCAGUACACAUAGUUUGGCUUACCGUGUCAUGUGAAAUAGUUCCUCAACUGGAAUUGUUGUUCUUCCAAAACAGGAAGUAUGCAUAUGGGUUUUUUUGCUACAGUUUUUUUGCAUAAAUGAAUUACAGGAAACAGAUCUAAAUCACAAAAGAAAGCUCUGCUAGUGGAGGAAAAUUUCUGUGUUACUCUUCAAUAAAAUCCUUGUGGGCAGCAUGUUUAGUCGUUUAGUCGUGUCCGACUCUUCGUGACCCCAUGGACCAGAGCAUGCCAGGCACUCCUGUCUUCCACUGCCUCCCGCAGUUUGGUCAGACUCAUGUUUGUAGUUUCGAGAACACUGUCCAACCAUCUUGUGCUCUGUCGUCCCCUUCUUCUUGUGCCCUCAAUCUUUCCCAACAUCAGGGUCUUUUCCAGGGAGUCUUCUCUUCUCAUGAGGUGGCCAAAGUAUUGGAGCCUCAGCUUCAGGAUCUGUCCUUCCAGUGAGCACUCAGGGCUGAUUUCCUUAAGAAUGGAUAGGUUUGAUCUUCUUGCAGUCCAUGGGACUCUCAAGAGUCUCCUCCAGCACCAUAAUUCAAAAGCAUCAAUUCUUCGGCGAUCAGCCUUCUUUAUGGUCCAGCUCUCACUUCCAUACAUCACUACUGGGAAAACCAUGGCUUUAACUAUACAGCCCUUUGUCGGCAAGGUGAUGUCUCUGCUUUUUAAGAUGCUGUCCAGGUUUGCCAUCACCUUUCUCCCAAGGAGCAGGCAUCUUUUAAUUUUGUGACUGCUGUCACCAUCGUGGGCAGCAUACAAUAACAUAAUAGAAACUAUAAAACUGCUACCGGAUAACACUUAGAAGCAGCAUUAAAACUGGAUACCACUGUAAUCAACAUCCACCUUAUGCUACAUGCUGGAACAUCCUAGCUAACAAACAGGUCUUCACCUGGUGCCAAAAUAACAUCAAGGUUGAGGUUUGUUGAGCCACCCCAAGGAGGGGUGCCACAACUGAAAAGGCCUUCUUUCUGGUUGCUUCCCAACUAACUUCAGAUGGCGGGGAACAUGGAAGAGGGGUUUGAAGAUGAUCACAAAGUUUAGCAGGUUUGUGUAGUAGAAGAUGGUCCUUAAGGUAGCCAGGUUCCAAGAGCUUUCUAGAUACAGUGGUACCUCGGUUUAAGAACACUCCGGUUUAAUAACGGUUUGGUUUACAAACUCCACAAAACCGGAAAUAAUGUUUUGGUUUGAGAACUUUACCUUGGUCUACGAACGGAAUCUGAAUGGUAGAAGGGCACCGGUGGUGGGAGGCCUCAUUAGGGAAAGCGCACCUCCGUUUAAGAACGGUUUUGGUUUAAGAACGGACUUCCGGAACUGAUUAAGUUCGUAAACCAGGGUACCACUACAAUUGCUAGUAUUUUGAAUUGUGCCUGGAAAUGGACUGCCAGCUGGUGUAGCUGUUGGGAGACCUGACAAAGUAUGAUUCAUACAGCCAGUCCCAGUUAGUAACCAGCUGCAUGUUGCACUGACCGAUGUUUCCAGGAAGUAUUUAAGGUUAGUCCCAUAUACAUUGCAAUAGUCAAAUUUUGAAGUUACCAGGGCCACACUACUUCUGUCCAGGAGGGGUCACAACCUAAGCUGGUGGGAAGAGGUUGCUCAGGAUCGAUAGAGGCAAACUUUCAUGAGUAACUGGUGUUCCUGAAAUUGAAUAAUACUAACCUUUAAGAAGCAAUCCUAAGCUGCUGGGAAGGGUAGUUGAGGAGGCCUCCCAUACUACAGAUCUCCAUCUCCAAGCACCACGGGUGGAGAAGGAGCAUCACCUCUGGGCGGCGUCUUGUUUUGAUGGCGGAAAACUUCUCACCACGACUCCACUGCCUGUGUUCUGACAAGGGAAGAAAAGGAACGUGCUGGGGUGGAUCAGGGAGGCCUUUAAAAACAGUUCCAGGGAGCAAUUUUUGAAAAGAAUAACCAAGUACAAAAAGUGGGGCAGUUGCUCCCCAUCUACUUCCCUGUCUGGUGUACAUUCAGCUGGGCUUAGGAGGCAGUGGUCCUUCUGCCAUGAAUUGUCCUCCCUCUCCCCUUUCCGUUGGAUUACAGUCAUACCUCGGGUUGAAUGUGCUUCUGGUUGAGCGCUUUUGGGUUGCGCUCCACAGCAACCUAGAAGUAACGGAACGCCUUAUUCCAGGUUUCGCUGCUCACGCAUGCGCAGAUGCUCAGAAUGACGUCACGCGCAUGCGCGGAAGCAGCAAAACACGACCCACGUACGUGCAGACGCGCCAUCGCGUCUUACGUUCCAUUCAGGAUGCGAACAGGGCUCCGGAACGGAUCCCAUUCGCAUCCCGAGGUACCACUGUACUCUGUUAAGGAAAUAAACCUUUCCUAUGCAGCUUAUCACUAAAGUCACAAUACAAUAGUAAAAUCACAAUAAGCCAAAAGCAAAUAAAAUUCUCCCAAUUUUUAUCCAGCUGAUAGGAAACAUGGAUCUUGAAAAUGCAACUGAUGGAGCAGAGAAGGAAGAAUAUACUCUGACCACUGAGGUGCAGAAUAUUGCUUUCCCAUACUAUGCUAGCAAGUAUCUCCUUUAUUCUUCUUAUUUAUUAUUUUAAUUUUUAAUUUUUCUACAUUCUUCUUCUUCUGAAGGAACUGGUCUCUUUAAAAUAGGAUUUGCAACUUUAAAACAGGAUUUGUUUCAUCCUUCAUCCUUCCCUUAAUUGCUAUAUUUACAGAUAUUAUCUACAUUUAUGUCAAAAUACAACCAGUCAACGAGUUUAAGCCAGUAUUCAGUGAUGCUUCGUAUGCUUUUAAUGUGUCAGAAAUAGCAGCAGGUAAGUAACAACACUGCUUUCAGAAAUGUACAAGGCUGUAGAAUGUAAGUAUACUCCAAAAUAAUGUCCGAUUGUAUGGGGCCAUCAGCCACUCAUCCUUUCAAACAAGUAGUCGUGCUGUGCUUAAUGCUGCAUUCAUUCAUUUUAGUUAGUAAGUUACACAAACACACAAACACACACACACACACACACACACACACACACACACACACCAGUCAAGUGCUUGCCCCUCUCUCUGCCAAGCAGUGGCAAGAGCCCAUAGGGUCCCAGGCACUCAGACAGGAUCUGUGAUGCUUUGGAGAAUUGAAGGCAUGGUGGAGAGUGUUGUGGCUUUAAGAAAAAUGGUUUAUUCACCUAUUUAUGCCUUCAGUCUGCAUGAAGGGAGUCCAGAUCUUACUGCGUGGUCAUUUCAAGAGGGGUUUGUACCCCACAGCUAUGUAGCCCUGCAGCCAGCCUCCUCCAAAGAUGGAUCUCAGCUCUUCUUCCUGCUUCUUAUUCCCAACACACCUUGGCAACCUGUUCACAUCUCAGGGUGGUGGUGAUGGGGAGAGUUCUCUUGUAUUGCUAAUAGCCCUCUGUUGUUCUUUUGAUAGCCAUAGCUCAGCCAGGUUGGUUUGUAUAAGCCAGCCCAGGAAUUCCCUGCCUGUCACAGCUCUGCAGCUUGUACUUUAAUUCAUAUCCCAAUUGAUCAAAAUUCUAGCAUUUAGCAUAUAAAUAAAUAAACAAUAGUGGGUGGUAUUCAACUAAGUUUUACUCUGAACGGGACCCAUUGAAAUGAAUGACUAUGACUAAGUUAGGUCUGCUAAUUUCUGUGGGUCUACUUUGAGUAAAACGUAGUUGAAGAUUUAUUUAUUUACCUGUCAAAUUUAUAAAGCUUUCCAUCACCAAACAUUCCCUAGGCAGCUUACAGCAGAAUAUUAAGAAUGCAGUUAUAAUAAUAAUGAAAACCAUCAAUAAGAAAAGCAGUUAUGGAAACUGCUGAGGCAAUCUGCAAAGUCCUUCGCCUUUAAUCUUGGAAAUAUAUUUCCCUCCAAGAUGUGUGUGUUUCAAAUGUUGCUUCAUUUCAGUUUAUUCCAGAAUCGGACAAGUGAUUGCUACAGACAAAGAUGUACCACCCACCGGAAUAUCAUAUUCAAUUUCAGUUGGAAAAGGCAACCCUAACUUCUCAGAAAUUUUCUGGAUUGAUCCUACAGGGGGCUACUUGACAAUUAUAGCUAGAUUAGACUACGAAACAUGGCAGAGUGCCAUUCUCACGGUGCAGGCCUCUGACAACGAUGGCGAGUCUGUAACUGUGCCAGUGAGUAAGAUGCUGGCUUUUAGGCCAAUAUGUCUACUUCUAAUAUGUGCACUUUUCUUCCAAGUGUCUAAUAAAAACAAUAGGACUUGCAAGGCAUUCCAGGAGUGCAGAGACAUGGGGGUUUUCUGAACUGGAUGAGUUUCAUGUUUCGAUUUCCACUAUUCCAUUCCAAAACUCAGAGCCAUCCUUCAUCCAGACCUGACAGCUUCUGGACCCUGAGUCAAAUGGGACCUCCUUAGAAAAGGAAGUUGCUUCCACCUAGCGAGGACUUUGAGGCAGCCUCUAUAAAGGGCACGCCAUCCUUGCACUCAAGGGCUCCAACAUAUACGCUUUGCCACAUGCCUGCCUUCCCCUUAUGCCACAGCAGCUCCAAAAACAAACAAAGACAAUAGCAAACCUGAAGAGAAAUGGUCAGCUGAAGAACGGAGUGGUCACUUGGCAGCCUGACAUCUUCACUAAGGUCUGCUGCUGAGGGAUGAGACCUGACUUAAGUGCUAGCAGGAUUGAGUACCCCACAUGAAAAGUAGGCUUCCCAUAAGGAGAACCCCUCAUCAACCUCUGCUUGGCUGGAGCUGGUAUAACACCUAUCCUUUCUUUGUGGGCAGCUCUCCUGCUAUUUCAGCAAAUGCCCUGGACCCUGGUUCCCCCAUCUCCCUUGUAGGCCUGUGACUCCAUCCCACCUGCUCCUGUUUGCAGAAAUGGGACACUCCUUGUUCACACUGUUGCUCAUUGGAAUGGAUAAACAAUUAUGAAAGAAACCCUCUCUUGACAUCUUUUAGACCCAUUGAAAUUAAUGAGCCUAAGUUAGUCAUGUCUAUUCUGAGUAGGACUAGUGUUGAAUACCACGCAAUAUCCCUAAAAGGUGGGUGGGAGGGGAUCAGUUCUUGCCAGUGAGUAUAAAAAAGUAACUUAAUUACAGGAAAGGUGGUUUCAUACACACACCCUGCUCCCUUCUUUUAGGUAACAGUGAAUGUUCUUGAAGCAAAUGAUGAGCCACCAAUCUGCAGUCCUAAUUCAUAUUUGCUGAACAUCCCAGUAGACCAAACUUCCGGCAGCGUUGCUGGAUUCCAUAUUACAUGUGUGGAUCGCGAUUCAAGUCCUAGAUCAUUCCGUUAUUCUUUUGAUUCAGGUAAUUCACUUUUGGACUUUUGACUUUCCCUGUGUGAUUGUUUGCUAGCAGUCUUUAAUAGAAUGAAGUGUGUAUUACAACCGAACAUUUCAUGUGGUUUUGAUUGCAUAUGACGUUGGUUCCCAGGGCCAGUCCUACCUUUAGGCAGAAUGAAGCAACUGCCUCGGUCAGUGGAUGCUGGAGGGUGGGGCAAGGAGUAGUGCAAGAGGUUGGAGGACAGAAUUGUGUGGGCUAUGCAGCCUCCCUAAACUAGCCGGCUGCUCUCAGGUAUAGCUCUCAGGUACAGUGGAGGAUGCUGUUCCUCAUCAGUAUGUGCUCUGGUCCAUGAUGAUGUUUGUAGUCAAGGGAAGAUAAUGGCCCAGGCAACAUGGAAAUCAUUGGGUCCAGGUGCAGAUGAGAAGGUCAGGACACCUUGGAUAGGGAUCAAGGUGGUGGUUCAGAACCACAGUUCCUGAUCUUGCAGCUGAGCUAGAAAUUACAAAUUUUCUCAGCAUAGCAGCUGGCAGAGCUUUAUAGUCUGCUAGCAUGAUGACUUGGUUGUCUGAAACAUACAUCAGCUGUAAGGGACAGAGCAACGGAAGUCAAUGGGAAGCAAAACUUGUGCAUUGAGAUUCCUAUGCAGUAACCACCAGGUUAAUUGGAAAUGUCUCAAAUCCAUCCAUGCUAGAGAAUCAAAAUCAGAAGCUUCCUUCCUGUAAUUUGCUACUCGUUUUAAUCUGCAAUUUUACCUUGGCUUUGUUUUAGGUAAUGUGAAUAACCACUUCGCUUUCUCACCAAAUGCUGGCUCUAAUGUCUCGCGGCUCAUCCUUGCAUCCCCUUUUGACUUCGAAAGCGGCUUGGAUAAAAUUUGGAACUACAGGCUGAAAGUCUUCAUAACAGAUGAUAACCUACUGUCAGUGGGAGACAGAGCUACAGUCCGCAUUGAAACUGGCACAGUGACUCUAACCAUCAACGUCAUCCCAAAGCCAACCACAGAGGCCCCGACAACAGUAAGUGCUCUUGCGUGCUGAAGAAUGCAAGUCCCUGUCUGUGUGGCAUUAAGAGACAUCAGUAAAUAUGCCUCUUAAUAAGUGGAACCUCUGAAUUCCCCUAGGGGGGAUGUGAAAAGCCUGGGCCCACCUCUUCACAGCUUCUCCACAAAGUAGUUUUCCAGUGAAACGAUUUGUUGACUAGGAGUGUGUCAUUAACGCUACCAUUUUGAAUUCGGGUUGGGAACCUUUGUCCGUGUGUGUGUGUGUUUGAAUCUGGCCCUCAGGACUCUCCCUCAGUCAUGCCUCCACCCUAGCCACGCACCGCUCUGAAUAUUUUUGCAUGCCUGGGGUGUGUCCUUGAACUGUCUCUUUCUAUCCUCAGUUCAGGGAAACGAGGUGGGGAGGGCGGUGCUUGGGUGGGUGUAAAAAUGAAAAAUUUAUAUUUCUCCGCCCACUUUUGCCCCUGGCCCCCAGAAGGUUGCCCACAAAGCAAUAUGGCCUGCAGGUUGCAAAAGUCUCCCCCCUCACUUCUUUAGAAGUCUCUCUAUCUAUGACAAUCGCUGAGCUAAAAUAAACCAUAGUUUCUAAACACAUCCACAAAGGCUGCAAUCCUAUAUUCAUUUGCUUGGGAAUAAGUCCCAUUGACCCAAGGGGUUUACUUAUAGAAACUAACCCCCUGCAAUUCAGGAAUCCUUUGCUCAAUCCCACCGUCCUGAGAUUUAAGAGUCUCAUGCUCUACCGACUGAGCUGGACAGAGAGACAUGCAUACAAUUGCACUCUAACAGUCUCAAAAGUACCUGCAGUAUAUAGUUACUACUGAAAGGCUAACCUUCCAUUAUGAAUGUGUUUCUUUUGACAUUUUUAAAUUUUGUUUUGCAAGCCUCGUGUUAUCAUUUUGACUAGCAGAGAAAAUGUGUAUUCUGCCUUGGCUUGGUACGUGCCAUUCAUCAUUUCCCUUGGCAGCGUGAUCCUCCUUGGGCUUCUUGCGUAUCUCACCUUUUGGCUGGCAAAAUACAUCCGCGCCCACUGCCCACCAAAGCCUAGAGCUCCAAAACCUAGAGCUGAUAAACAGCCACUGUAAGUAAUUGACAGAAACAAUGCACCUUGUAUCAUUUCUUUCUACACUAAUAUAUUACUGCCUCCACUAAGAAUCCAUGCAAGUCAACAAGAUCACAUACCCUCAAUUGUUUCCACUACACUUAAGUUUCAAUGUAAAAUACGCACUUUACCUAGAAUCUCACAUGGUACAUGGACUAUGUUUUACAGCAGCUUGUCUUUUUUUGCACAAAAGAAAACUGAAAGCAAACGCAAAAUACUAAUACUGAAUAUAAUAGAGUAGCCUUUGUUCAAGAAAGACAAAGUAAAAUUACUUUUAAAACAUGCAACGUUUUGCCAUUCACGUGAAUUGCAUUAGACAAAAUUUAGUAGCAGAAAUUAAUAACUGUAUUAUAUGAACACCCAGUUGCUCUUAUCUGUCUGCAGCAAGGCAACUGGAGGAAGAUGGGUGGGUAUGAGACAACAACAGGAAUUAACCCUCAGUAGGAGGAGCACCUAACAGAACAUCAUAGUCCCUGGUAUGUUGCAUUCUUCCCCUAGAAUAAAAGCACUAAAAUGUUAUGCCAUGCAUAUUCUGUUUAGGGGCAGACUUCAUUCACACUGCCAUCAGUACUAAAUUGCAUUGUUAUGAUAUCUGCCACUUAAACCUGGAUCAUGAGCAAAUGCCCGUCAUCCAAAAUUUGGAGUCUCCAUUGUGUUUGAUAUGUAUUAUAGGAUUAAAUGCUCAUUUGUGUAUUGUGUUGCCAAAUGACUGCUCAAAUAGAUUAACAUUUAUCUAUUUAUUUAUUAUUUUAUGACAGGAUGAAACCACCAGGUAUGCAUUUCCCCUUUUUUUCAAAUUGUGUGCGUAUUUCUCAGAUAACUCUUCAGUCCAGAUUUGCAUGUUCUAAAGUCCUGUUGAGGUCAAAUAACAAGGUUAGAUCGAAAUCUAGACCAGAAUGUAAUGUUUCAAAUAUUAGCAGAGCUGGGCAGGGUUUUGUUAUAUGGUUUAUAGCCAACAAGGCUGGUACUCUCCACCACAUUUGUUUGAAGCUGAAGUGCCUGCUUCCUUCCCCAUAUGUAUCACUUGCUAGGUCAGUAACUGGAGGCACAAACUGGAUUCAGGUGUGCAUUUGAAUUCAAUCUGAGUGUGGAAACCACCCACCACUAAUUCAUCCAUCCAUCUGCACUACAUUGCUUUCAAUGGGGUGCAUAUUAUUUAUUUAGUGUGUUUUUUUAAUUUAAACUAUGCCCAUAAUUACAGGUCUAGUUUAAAUCUGGGGUAUUGUUAAAAGUUAGCAUAAGCAAGACCAUAUUUUCCUCUUUUUUUCCAAUAGAAAAGAAGAAAGCUAAGAAAGAAGUGGUUUGGGUAUGUAUGCUAUCAAACAGAAAAUAAAAAGAAGUGUUGCUAGCAUAAGACUCUCCCUUUCUUCUUUCUUCCCAUCCUAAUGUUAUAGAAGCUUUUCCUUUCUGUUCAGAACCUACAUUCAAAAUACAAAGCACACAAGCAUUUGAGUCACUGCUUUUCUUGCUGUAAUGCACAGAAGCAAGAGCCCAGCCACUCCCUAGUUGCUGUUUCCUUGUAAUGCUUUGUUUAUGAGGAAUAGCCAACAUGGCGUCCUCCAGACUACAGCUCCCAUCAUCCUUGACCAUCAACCAUGCUGGCCAACAGCAUAUGGAAGGUACCACAUUGCUUACCUCUGCUUCACACAUUAUUGUCAUUCACAAGUGAAUCAAGAAUGUAACGUGCUUUGAAUAAAGUUGCCCUAAUUUGCAUAUAGGCAGUUAAGAUACAUUUAUGAGCCAUGAAUAAAUCAUCUUGUCAUCAGGUUUUGAAACCUGUAAAAGUACUAUUUCUUGCAUUCUAAGUUACAUUUCCCAUAAAAUAUGGAUAAAGCAUGGAUAAUCUAUAAGAUUUGUUUGGAAAACCUUGUGCAGAAAAGCCUGAGAACAGCAUCUGUCUCUUUAACCAACCAAUUUACCUGGCACAAUGAUUAGAUUCCCAGCAACCUACCUUUCAUAGGUCUCUGAAAUCUGCUUCAUUCUAUAUAGGUCAAUAUUUCUGCUCUUCUCACCAUUUAAAAAAUAAUAAAUGACACUGAUUUCUUGAUUUCUUUUUCUGGCUAGGAGAUGACCAACAUAAACCCUGUUUUUGAUGGUGAAGCAAAAGACCCAGGUAUCACUACUUCUAAUGGGAGGGGAAAUGAGAAGAAGAAAUAAGUUUGAAAUGAAAGAGCUUAACUUUAAUUGCAAGGAGACACUGACAUUUCCAAGGCAAAUAUCAGUGACAUACAGUUUAAAUAGGAAAGCCAAACUGCAAUCUUUGGAAGUGUACUAAAGUAAUAACACAUAUUUGCCACUAUUGAAUAAUUGGUUUGCCUACCAGUUAAUACUGCAUGUGUGGAAUAACUUUUCCAUGUGCAAAACUCACCUUCUGCUUGUCUAAGGAAAGCCACAGCAAAUCCACCCAAAUGCACAAGCACAUGGUUUUGUUGCUUUUUUCACAUAAGUGACCCAAAGCAAUUUAAAACAUUUAACCAAGCAUAAGAACAAGAAUAAAAUAAGCACCUAAGUACAUGAAUAUAUUCAGUGCAAUGCAAGCUGUAACGUCUCUCCAGAAGACAUCUUUCUUUCUUUCUUUCUUGAUGAGGAUGAGAGACAAUGUGCAUCCUUGCUGUCCUUUUCCCAAGGUCAGGCAGGCUGGAGCUUGGAUGAGAGAUGUUACUUCACCAAUGAAGCAGGGAGCUUAUGUAAGAGCCAGGCCCUGAUCUGAGAAGGUGAUUCUGUGCAAUUUCCCAUCCUCCCAAGUAGCUCUUUUUGGCAGCAUGCAGCUCCCGCCAGGCUCACUAUCUCCUCUGGUCCUGGGGGAGAUGUCAGAGCAGGGGUCAGCAAACUUUUUCAGCAGGGGGCCGGUCCACAGUCCCUCAAACCUUGUGGGGGGCCGGACUAUAUUUUGAAAAAUAUAUAUGAACGAAUUCCUAUGCCCCACAAAUAACCCAGAGAUGCAUUUUAAAUAAAAGGACACAUUCCACUCAUGUAAAAAAAUGCUGAUUCCCAGACCGUCCGCGGGCCAGAUUUAGAAGGCGACUGGGCCGGAUCUGGCCCCCGGGCCUUAGUUUGCCUACCCAUGUGUCAUGAGGGUCUGAGAGCUGGCCAGGAACCCAGGCAGAUGGUGUGGUGGUCUUUAGUCUUGGGGCAAGGAUGUCCAGAUCCAACAGCUCCUUGUGUUGUAACGGUGUGAAGAUCUGUUGGGGUGCCCUGCUUCCUCCCUGUGUACUGUGGUUUAAGGUCUGGGUAUGGCUGAACCCUGACAGUGAUCUCAUCAUCACCAUCAUACAGAUGUUUACUACUUGUUACCUGAAGGUCUCCAAGUGACAAACAACACAGUUUAAAACACGGAGUACAUUUAUACAAUAAAAACUGAAACCCCUUAAUAACAGCUACAGGAAGCUUUGCCAGCACACUAGUAACAAAACAUCAUCUCGGUGUAUUCAAAGAUCUUGGGGGAAAGGUAAGUCUUUACCUGGCACCAAAAAAUGACAGCAAAGGCACCAGGUGAAAAUAACUGAGAGGAGUAUUCCACAAACAGGCAGUCACUGUGAUUCUUUGGCUUCACUGUUAAUAUAAACUAAAUAUAAUCUUACCCCUUAAUCUGUGAUAUGGAAUAGCUAGAUUAUUGUUUUUCCCUUCUCCAUAGUCACUGGCAAAUGGUAUGAAUAUAAUUCCAAGUCUGGGGCUCGAAGAUGGAAAGAUUCCAACAUGCCUUCUAAGUUGGAAGCAAAGGACCCAACUGCAGAGGUGAUGACUACAAAGAGAGUCCAACGGGAUCUAAGCCAACAGAAAACUCAGCCCAGUGGCCCAAAGUUGGGAGGACAAAACAAGGUGGCACAAAAGUCCACAGAAAGGAAGACAGAGACUUCUGACCCAAAUAGCAAGCUAAAGUUGCAGAAGCCAAAAGAAGAGCCUUUGGGCAAGGGGUCUUUGUCACCUGCUCCCCCUCAAAAGUCCCCGGUCCCUUCUCCCAAAAUAUAUCCCAAGUACGAGAAUCAGUCUAUACCAAAAUGAAAGGGGUUGUAUUUGUAACCCAGAAAAAAACACCUGUAAUCUUAAUCAAAAUAGCAAGACAAAUUGUAAUAAUUUUCAGUUUCACCCCUACACAAGAGGGAGGAUACCAAAUGAUCUCUUCUGGCUGCCUAGCAAUUCUUAUUGCGAAGGCCUGUUUAGAGCACAAUCCAUCCCAGUGACUUAAUACAAUGGGAUGGCGAGCGAUCUGUAUAAUUUACAAGCAACUUUGGCUUUUGUAAUCUCAACAAAUCAGAUCUGAAACAGGGAGGUGGGGCAGGAACUGAACUUGAUUUUGAGAAAACAGAGUGAAGUGCAUGUACGGUAUAUUUCAUUAGAGUUCUUGUGACAAGAUCAUUUGCCUGUGGGAAAGUUGCAAUAGAAGGUGGCUGCAAGCUGCUAUGGGAUUUUUGAUAUAUGUGUAAUCAGAAACAUACUAGUAGCAUAAUUUGGGUACAAUGGCUUUUGACAAAAGUGGCUCUAUUUUGGCUCAUCCUAUGUAUCUUAAUUUUUGAAGCAAAAUGGCCAUGCAAGUUUCUCCAGAAAUAUAUUACAAUAAACCAGCCAUUGUGGCAAUGAGCCUCUUUUGUAACCCUUGCGUCAGCACCCAUAUUUGGGUUCCAUGCCUCUUGUUUCCAAUUCUGGCUUCAGCUGUGGCUCACAAAUCUCUCAUACUAUUAGUAAUUUCAGGCAAUAGUCCAGAGUCCCUAACUACCCAAAAGCCCAGAGAAAGUGAGUUAGCACAGUGCUAAAAGGAAGAAUAGGGGAGUGGGUGUAUCUGAUCUUGGAGCAGGUGUGGUGUCACAAGUCAAGGAAUUUUGAUCUGUGCCUUCUGCAAGAGUUAAGCUCUCCACUUCAAAAUCCCAUUUCAGCAAGACAAUAUUGUGUCUCAAAUGUUCCUGUGGUCCAGUGGAGUGUAAGGUUGAUCCUUCAAAUCGCUAAGAGACAAGGAUGGGUCUUGUUGGAACUGUGAGCUAACCAACCAUUGAAAACUUGAGGAUUAAGCAUAUUUUGAUUCCAAUGUCUAUAGAGAGGGCUUCCUUAGUGAGUGACUAACAUGACACCAAAUUCUUUGAACUGUUUUUCCUUCUAGUGCACUAUUGUGUUUUGUGAUGCAAGAAUGAAGUGAAGAAAACACAACCUUAAUUUUUGUGAAUACCAUAUCUUUAGCUUUUACCAUUGCUGAAGCAUAAAUUUAUAUCAGGCAUUUUUUUCACAGCCUGUGUGAUGUCUUGUUUCCACCAACAGAGGAGACUGAUAACUAGAUCUUUAUGGCAAAUACAAGGGUUCAUGUUCUGAUCUUUUCUGCAAACGUUAGCUGUUCUUUCCAGGUCAUGUUUAUGUUAGGAAUUUGCACCAUGGUCUCAGAUAGUUCCGGGAGGAUAUAUUUUAUAUUAAACAUGCCAGCUACACUGAUUCCUUCAUCCAUAGACGUAUAUUCUCCUAUUGUCAGGGUAGAGAUUAGUGCACGAUUUAUUUUAUUUGGCAAUGCCAACAAAUUAAGGAGACAAAUGUCAUUCUACUGCAAUUCAUUUUUCCCCUUAUCUGAAAAUCACACAAUAAAGAGUGUGAUUGAAAACUGGUGGGUAGCCCUGACAUGUCCAAAGUUUACUGUGGCUCUGUGGUUGCGAUGGCGACAACGGGUCGGGUAACAAUGAUGCAAGUUCACCAUUCAGAUCUCUACAAUGCCAUUGUUGCCACUGAUUUCAUGUAAAUAAAAUGCAUCCAGUUUUGUCAUGGGUGACCUUCUAAUGAAGCAAAAGGUGCUGUUGCUAGAAGAACCUAUCGUUGCACUCAUGUUCCCAUCCUCAUAGCUUUGAAAGGACCAAGGCUACAUACACCAAACCUGUAUAAUGAGGCUGUACACGUCUUAGUAGUCACACAUUCAAAGUGACUUUAAAAGAAUGCAC